AUGAGGGGAUGCCUCACAUGUCGUCUGCGCCAUCUGAAAUGUGAUAAAUCUGGCUCGAAAUGUCUCCGCUGUCAACGCUCUGGCCGCGAAUGUGUGCCGGCUCCCGGCAAAUCUGAAGAGGUCUCUUUCCGGCAUGGCCAAAACCCCUCCCUGCGUGGAAAGGGGCCCCCGAGAUACGGCGAGAGUGAUCUUGCUUUUCCGGAUGACCAGAUUUGGGUUGAAACAUCUUCUGACUUCGACUUCAAGGAUGAAACAGAUCAGACGGCAGCUGAAUACUAUGUGAUACCUGUACCAAGGCAGUUGUCAACUUCAAGGUCGUCAUCUGAACGUUCGACACCUCCAUCUACGAUGGAUUCUUCUUUGACAACUCCAAAUCUCGUCAUUCCUGCUUACGCCGCAGGAUCUCAAUCGGGGUCAAGAUCGAAUUCGGUGAAUUCCCCACGUGCACCUACCACGCCCAUUGGUCAGCCGAGACUAUCAAAUGUCACCGAAGCCUUUCUAUUGCGGCAUUUUCAAAAGUACCUAGCGCCCUGGCUCGACGCAUUCAACCCUGAACGACACUUCUCGACAGAUGUCAUCGAGCGCGCCACUCAAUCCCCAUUACUACUGUAUGCAUGUCUAGCAGUCUCAGCAUGUCACCUGUCCCGAACAACAAACUCCAUCGCCGGCGACGUCGCACACGGAUACCAUGAGCGCUGUAUCACAAUCAUGCUCCCGGUCCUCGACAAGCCCGAGUUCGAAAUAGGAAUCGACAUCCUCCUCUCAUCAACAGUGAUUCUACGAUUUUUCGAAUCAAUCUCAUCCCAUAGUCCCCCAAACGACCAACAACAUCAUCUCCUGGCCGGUUCGGUGUAUAUCAGCUCCCACAUCGACUCCGCUAUCUCCGGCGGACUAGCGUCAGCUUCCUUCUGGGCAUACGUCAUUCAAGAUAUUCAAUUCGCCCUCACCUAUCAGAAAUGCCUUCGCUUAACAUUUGCCCCAUUCGAUGACCGUCUGCGACGAUGGUGGGCCGCUAAACCCGCUCUGAACGACGGAGACUGGACAAACAGGGCCAUUUGGCUCUUGGCCGAGACUAUCGAUUUUUGUUAUAAUAUCUCCGGCCGAAGCCAUGAUGGUAGACUCGGAAGUCCGGGGGAGACGGCCCUCAGACAUCGCAUUCUGGAGUGGGAGCUUGGUCGCCCUGAUACCUUUGUGCCAUUGCAUGUUUCGCCGCCGGAUCCUGGGAACGGGAAGCCUUUCCCUGUAGCUUGGUAUACGAGCUUGUGGCAUGCUACUGCGAUUCAACACAUCUGUCUCACUAAAUCGCUGAUGCUCAUUCGCGAACUCGAGUUUUAUGAUCGGAGCAUGUUGAAUUUAGAACAGCCUGUCAAAUUAAGGAAUGAUCUUGCCGAAACACUUAAUUAUAUGUUCGGAAUCGCCAUAUCUGCCGACGACGAUCCUUCGCUGCGUAUCACGGCUUGCCACGCUCUUUUUGCUUGCGGCUUAUGGGUGGAAGACCAUGUUGUACAGGGUUUGCUGAUUGAUCUCCUUCGCCGAACGGAAAGGGAAAACGGCUGGCCGUGGGGAUUUGUGCGCAACCAAGUUGUGCAAGCGUGGAGGCCGAUGUAG